AAAGGAUGAUUACCUAUGGUGCAUCACUACAAAUGUCAUUUUAACUUACCGAAUUCAUUCAUUUAUUGGUUCUGUUUGUGAAUAAUUUGUAUUAGGUAUAAUGUUUCGGACAGCUAUUUUUGCUCUCCGAAGUUUACGACCUCUUUCGAGUCCAUAUUAUAAUGCAACCAGGAUUAUUUGCAAUGAUUUCAAAAAUUUCUCUACAAAUAGGAACAUUUCUUCACCAACCUCAUUCUACAACUUGAACAUAGCCAAAGGUUCUCUUUUAUGUAAUAAACAAAUAUUGUCUAUUUCUGAUAAUAUUACUAAAAUUCCUGUGAGAACUGUGACAAAAUUCAGUCUCAAAAAAGGCAAGAGGAAAACUGUGAAGGCAGUGGUAAAACGUUUCUUCAGAUUACACUGGGGUGCUUGGAUAAGGCCCAAAGUUGGUAGACAAAAGAGGUUAUGGAAGAAAUCACCACCUCAAAGAAGGCGACUAAAAGAUCAUGUAUUCUGCAAUGCGACCCAAACUACAUUACUAGAUAAAAUGGUUACAAAGUUCUGGAAGCGCCCUAAAUAUUAUGUUGAUGAUCCAUAUGCGCCAUACCAUACUCGUGAAGAAUUCACCAUAACCAGAAAACGACCAAUUGUAAGGAAUUGAUUACUGUAAUACAACCUUAAAACAAGAUAAUUAUAAUUUAUGUAGAAUAAAGUUUGUUUUUGUCAUA